UAUCUUGUCCUGCAUUUUUUUUACAAUUCACCUACUUCAGUAAGCAGUCGUUGCAUGGUCAAUGUUUAGCUAGAACAUCAUGGCUUUCUUUUUAUUACUGAGACCAAAGGUGCUUAACAGGCCCUAUUCCAGUCACACAUUCCUGAGCAAGGACCAUGGCUUUGUGCAUACUGCUACUACUGUGUAUGGGAGGACUAGCAACGUUUGAGGUCGUAGGUGGUUUCACCAACAAAACAUUGAAAAACAUCGCAGAGGAAUACAUCCCUCUAAAUGUCACCAAGUUAAUAAUCAGUCAUUUAGGCUUAAUAAGCCUGGACAGCUCAGACAUGGAAUUUCUGAGUAAGUUCAAGAACCUGACAGAACUCGAUCUCAGCAGCAAUGUCAUCAGUGUCCUGCCUGAUACCCUGCUGCCCAGCCUCCCUGCACUGAGGGCCCUCAACCUCUCCCACAACAACCUCAGUGCACUGGAGCACACUGCCCUGUCCGGCUCGCUGACUGAGCUGGAUCUCUCACACAACCACAUAGUGUCCCUGCCUCUGUUUGGUAAGUUGCCCAGCCUGGAGAGACUUCACCUGCAGGGCAACAGACUCAACACUCUGACAAAGGAAACUUUCGCAGCACUAGAAAAAUUACAGCUGUUGGCUUUGGAGGACAAUCCUUGGAACUGCUCUUGCGAGUUUGUGGACCUUGUAAAAUUGAUCAACAGCACUGGUUUACUAACAAGUACUCAAGCAACAUGUGCAACACCACCAGGCAAAAGCAUCCUCGACGACAGCCUGUGUGUUACUGAAUCAUCAAAAACAUCUUCUACCAUAGUCACCACACUCAGAAAUAUUCUGACAAGCACACAGAGCAGUAUACCAUCAAAGAGCAGCAACGACAGUCUCUCAAGUAAAGACUUUAAUGUAGGUGAGGGCACCAACAGUAGUGGAGGACUCCCGGUGGUUGGGAACACCUGGAAGUUCCUUGUUGGGGUAGUGGUCAUUGCUCUCAUCACGUCAGUGGUCAUUGUUUGUGCUGUGAAGUCACCCUCCUGGUACAAGCUGAUCUUCAACUACCGGCACCAGCGCCUGCGUGAGGAGGAGUGGUCCCAUGUCUCGGUCACGGGCCGCUACUCCAACUUCAGCCUGGAGACGGAGCAGACGGAGACCAGCGCCCACGAGCUGGACGAGGGACUGGACUGCGAGAUGCCAGAUGAGGAGAUGGAGGACGAGGACGGCUUCAUAGAGGACCGCUACAUUGAGCCGGGGGACUACAAAGACCAAAACGAAUCCUGAGGAACUGUGAUGGAUGUAUCUCAUUUGGACGAGCGAAAUGAGACAGCAGGAGGCUCCCACCGGGGAUUUCAGAAAAAGUGAGACAUCGCAUGAGUAUGUAGGACUGUGAUUGGGAUGGGCUCUCAUUCCAGGAGGAUGUAUUUGUGUUUAUGAUAUGAAGCCUCUGUGAACACAUCCAGGUGCCCUAUGACCUGAUAGAACAAUAAGCCAUGUGGAGACCUCUGUGCUAUGAUUCAUAACCACUCAUCCUGCAGUGUAACUAAACUAAACCCAUAACUGCAACCAUUCAUGCUUCUUACAUAUGUAAAUAAGAGGUAUCUAUCUUGGUGUGUUGUUGAGGGAUUGUUGUGGUGUACUGUUUUGUGCCAGUUAAAAUCAACAAUCUAACAACGGUCAUGAUGAUGAACAUGAAUGGAUUAACAAAGGUUAAGAUGAUGAACACCUAAAUGUGAAAGAUCAUUUUCUGGUGUUUGAAGGUUUUCAAAGUAUGAUGAACUCACUGAAUUUAAUCCUUGGUAAAGUCUGACACAUGGAAAAGCUGAUGUUCAAUGAUCAACAUUAAUGAUUACUGUUGUAAAGCAACCCUGCACUGCUGCAGUGGACACACUGUGAGUGUACUGUACAGCACAUUUGCUAUCUGAUUGAGCACUUUUAACAGAAAAUUCACCUACAUUUGGCUGACUAUUAUAAGCCACCAGUCUUUUCACUGAAGAGAAAU